AUCACCGUCAAUCUACAGGUCUCGACCCGCCAACGGCGCACCGUCCGUCCGCAGUAGGUGGACCCUUUCGCACCCGUCCACCACUAAGCAUCUCCCCUCUCUUUCCCUCGUCCUCUUCUUCCUUCGAUCUCCACGGCAAAGGAAAAGAAAAUCCCGUAUUAAUCAAUUUACAGAUUGUGCCUGGAUUGUUUCGAGAUGGCGGCGUGCCGGGGAUUCUUCGAGUGCCUGCUCAGGCUGCUCAACUUUUUCCUCACCGUCGCCGGCCUUGCCAUGGUCGGCUACGGGAUCUACCUGCUCGUGGAGUGGAUGAGGAUCUCCGGCGGUGGCGGAGGGGCACCGCCGUCUCCGGCCCCGCCGGCUGAGUUGCUUACGUUCGGCCGCCCGAUGCUCACGGUCGUGGCCCUUGGAGAAGGAGGCAGUUUCUUCGACAAGCUACCCAAAGCAUGGUUCAUCUAUUUGUUCAUUGGUGUUGGUGCUGUUAUCUUCGUCGUUUCUCUAUUUGGCUGCAUUGGAGCAGGGACAAGGAAUACGUGUUGCUUGUGUUGUUAUUCUUUCUUGGUCAUAUUAUUAAUCCUUGCUGAGGCUGGAGGUGCUGCAUUCAUAUUCUUUGACCAUAGCUGGAAAGAUGUUAUUCCAGUGGAUAAGACACAAAACUUUGAUGCCAUGUAUGACUUUCUGAAUGAAAAUUGGAAGAUUGCAAGAUGGGUUGCUCUUGGUGUUGUUGUUUUUGAGGUAUUGCUUUUCUUGUUAGCUCUUGCUGUCAGGGCAAUGAACAAACCUGCCGAGUAUGACAGUGAUGAUGAAAUCAUUGGAACUGCUCGAAGCACUAGCAUCCGUCAGCCUCUCAUCCAUUCCCAGAAUGCUCCGGCUACUGGUGUUCCCGUCCCAACACUUGAUCAACGUGCGAGCAGAAAUGAUGCAUGGAGCCAAAGGAUGCGAGAGAAGUAUGGUCUGGACACAAGCCAAUUUACUUACAACCCAUCAGAUGCAACCAGAUAUCAGCAAAAUGGGGCACCUCCAGCUGAAGAAAGGAGCCGUUGCACUGUAAUGUGAAGAUCCUUCACGACGUUAUCCAAAUUGUUGGUUCUUGAACAGGCCAUCUCAGCUUGCACAGUUUGGCUAUACCGUGUUGUUCAGAGUGGUGUAUGAAUAGGUCUUUUUACCUUAAUGCUCAUCUUAUCUGCUGUCUUCUGAACAACUCCAUGCACCUGUAAUUUUUGUGUGAACGAGUAUUGGCCAUUGAUAUCUCAUUAUAUUUCAUGUUUUCCUCA